AGAAAAUAAAAAUGUCUGCGCCCAUAAUCUAAAAAAUAAACAGAUAAACAAGGUAAUUUCCACAAUUCUGGAUUCUUUGAGUUGACAAUCUGUCAUAAAAAUCCAGUUAAUGUAGUCAUUUGACUCAGAUUAAUAAAACAAAACAGAAUCUUCAAUAGUUGUCAUUCUUCAAAAUGGCACUUGGAAGUGAUGUACGAGAUAUACUGGAUCUGGAAACACCAGAUAAAGAUCCUGUAACAAAGGAAUCGCUUAUGAAUGAUUCUAAGAAGAAAAAAGCUAGAAAAUCAGAUAUUAAUUCUAAAAGACCAGAAGGAAUGCACAGAGAAUUAUGGGGUUUAUUAUGGACAGACAAUAAAGAUUCUCCACCUCUAGUACCAUCAGAUAAUAGUCAAGGUUAUAAACAGAUGAAAGCUAAAAUAGGUAGUAGUAAAGUUAGACCCUGGAAGUGGAUGCCGUUUACCAAUCCUGCUAGAAAGGAUGGUACUAUAUUUUAUCACUAUAGAAGAGUUGCUGAUGAAGGAAAAGAUUAUCCGUUCUCAAGAUUUAAUAAGACUGUAGAUGUUCCAGCCUAUACAGAUUUAGAAUAUCAACAACAUUUACAUGAUGAUAACUGGACUCGACUAGAAACUGAUACUUUGUUUGAUUUAUGUAAACGAUUUGAUUUACGUUUUAUUGUAAUACAAGAUAAAUGGGAUCGAGAGAAGUAUAAAGAAAGAAGCGUAGAGGAUCUAAAAGAGAGAUACUAUAAUGUUUGUAAUACUCUUAAAAAGGUGAGAGCUCCACCAGGAACUGAACCCAAAAUAAAAGUUUUUGAUGCUGAACAUGAAAGAAGAAGAAAAGCUCAGCUUACUAAAUUAUUUGAAAGAACACCAGAACAGGUUGAAGAAGAAGAUAAUUUGAUAGCAGAGUUGAAGAAAAUAGAACUUCGAAAGAAAGAAAGAGAAAAGAAGACACAGGAUCUUCAGAAAUUGAUAACUGCUGCCGAUAGUAAUAUAGAUUCUAGACGUACAGAUAGAAAAAUUACAAAGAAGAAACUUCCACCACAAAAAACCAAAGAAGGACUGUCUAAUCCUGAAACUUGUGGUAUUAAGUUCCCCGAUUUCAAACAGUCUGGUGUCUCAUUAAGAAGUCAAAGAAUGAAAUUACCAGCAUCUAUUGGUCAGAAAAAGAUGAAAGCCAUUGAACAAGUUCUAGAAGAAUUAUCUAUUGAGUUCAAUCCAAUGCCAUGUGAAGAGAUAGUACAGAAUUUUAAUGAAUUACGUCAGGAUAUAGUACUAUUGUAUGAGUUGAAGUUAGCUCUAGCUAAUUGUGAAUAUGAACAGCAAACAAUGAAACACAGAUAUGAUACUCUGCGUGGUAUAAAGACUGAGGUGAAUAUGGAUGUGACACCGUCAUCUUUACCAUCAACACCAAUACCUGGAGAGACCAGUGUUUCUUUAUUAAGUGGAACACCAAUAGGAGUUAGUUCUACACCCAAUACACCUCUAAUACAGGUGACAGAAUCACAAGAUGAUUCACCAACAUUAAAGAAAGGAGGAGAAGCUGUAGAUGUUGUAGGCAACGCUGAUUCUCUUACUACACCUAAUAGAAAAAGGAAAGCUGCUAUAGAACAAAGUAACUUGUUAAAGAAGAUAAAACAGAAAUCCUAAAUCUAUUGUUGUUGUUAUAUCAUGUUGUAUAUCAUCAUAUCAUUAUGUAUAUAAAAUCAUCAUCAUAUAAUUACUUUGUUCUGUAUUUGUUGUCACUAUGCCUGCUGAAAUUCCUGUCAGUGCCAACAAUAGCAUCAGACUCAGCAAUAAUUCAUCUGUUUUAUUUUAUCUUUGCUUGAUAAUGACUAGAGACGCCUAGUCGAAACGUGGCUCAGUAAUAAGCAGUA